AUGGAUACCCCCCUCUCACGAUACAUACAGAAAGUGUUCAGUUCCUGGACCGUUUUACGUAUUGCUGAACAACAAUGCAGUGGCGGGAUGGACACGCCAAGGAAGAUUCGAGACCUCGUUCCCUACAUUACGCAACGCCUCACAAGACAAACGCAGGCGUACAACAUAGCCGAGUGGCUAAACGAAUACCUCUGUCAAGUUCUAAAUGUCUUGUGUGAAGACGACAGUCACUUCGAUGUGGCUGAUCUUAUCUCCGAAGCUUAUUCUCUUCACCUAGCUGGAAAAAUCAACCAAAUUAUUGAACUGACUGCGAAAGUUCCCGCUGCGUGCGACCUAUCUUCAUGUUCCUCACAAGUGGUGUGUGACGAAGCAGUGGUCUCGGACAUCUCGGAGGAAAGUGGUGGUAGCAGCGACCCAGACAACAGCGACCAUGGUCUAGAAAUGGAUAUAAACUAA